AGGAAUGAGUACACCAGUGGACAUGGCCGUACUACACGAUGAAAGCGAAAGUGUGAAACACGCAUUCUCCCAAAUCUGAUUCCUCUCGUAUUCACAUUCUAUUCUCUUCUCCUCAUAUCAUACACACAUUUCAAUUUUCCAUUGAACUUUGACACAAAAAAACAGAGGAAACAAUGAACCCAGAGAAAACUCGUUGCAGAUUACUACUUCUUACACUCUCCAAACGCAUCCAUCACCCACUCCUCCACCUUCGUCUUCUGUUCCUCUUUGUUCCCACUUAAACUAAACCUGACAACGUUAUCAUUAAAUUCAGCGUCUAAAUAAAACAAUUGCGAAACCUUAAGAGUUCCGAAGUCUUAAAUCUUAAUGUUGUCUGAAUCCGUUCUCUGUCUCUUGACCGAGGACCUACUCAUCCGAGUCCUUGACAGGCUCGGCUCCGAUCGGAAAUCGUGGCGGCUCGUAUGCAAAGAGUUUCUCCGGGUUGAAUCGGUGACCCGGAAGAGUGUUCGGAUCCUCCGAAUUGAGUUCUUGCUCGGGUUGCUUGAAAAAUACAGUAACAUUGAGACGCUGGACCUGUCUCUGUGUCCGCGGAUCGACGAUGGAGCCGUGUCGGUUUUGCUGAGUCAGGGAUCAGCGAGUUGGACUCGGGGACUGAAGAGGUUGGUGCUGAGUCGCGCGACCGGGUUGGGUUACGCCGGUUUGGAGAUGUUGAUUCGGGCGUGUCCCUUGUUGGAGGCGGUGGAUGUGUCCCAUUGUUGGGGGUAUGGGGACAGAGAGGCCGCUGCGCUAUCGUGCGCCGCGAGGUUGAGGGAGCUCAACAUGGAUAAGUGUUUGGGGGUCACUGAUAUCGGGUUGGCAAAGAUUGCUGUUGGGUGUGGUAGGUUGGAGAGGCUGAGUUUGAAGUGGUGCUUGGAGAUUUCUGAUCUGGGUAUUGAUCUUCUUUGCAAGAAGUGCUUGGACUUGAAAUUUCUUGAUGUGUCCUAUCUUAAGGUAACAAGUGAAUCUUUGCGAUCGAUAGCUUCUCUGUUAAAGCUUGAGGUUUUUGUUAUGGUGGGCUGCUCUUUAGUGGAUGAUGUUGGAUUACGGUUUCUGGAAAAAGGUUGUCCACAACUAAAGACAAUUGAUGUAUCGAGAUGCGAUUGUGUUAGCUCAUCUGGUUUAAUAUCUGUAAUUAGUGGACAUGGAGGUCUUGAGCAGAUGGAUGCAGGAUACUGUCUCUCUGAGCUUUCAGCACCUCUUGUUAAAUGCUUGGAGAAUUUAAAGCAGCUGAGAACGAUUAGAAUAGAUGGCGUUAGAGUUUCCGACUUUAUCCUUCAGACAAUUGGCACCAAUUGCAAGUCUUUGGUGGAACUUGGUUUAAGCAAAUGCAUCGGGGUAACCAACAAAGGAAUUAUGCAGCUAGCAUUUGGCUGUGGCAAUUUGAAGAUACUUGAUUUGACUUGUUGUCGUUUCAUCUCUGAUGUUGCCAUCUCUACUAUAGCAGACUCUUGUCCAGACCUUGUCUGUCUGAAGUUAGAGUCUUGUGAUAUGGUGACUGAGAAUUGUCUUUAUCAAGUUGGAUUAAAUUGCAUGCUGCUUGAAGAGCUUGAUCUUACUGAUUGCUCUGGAGUCAACGACAUUGCGCUCAAAUAUCUAUCAAGAUGUUCAGAACUCGUAAAACUGAAGUUAGGAUUAUGCAUAAAUAUAUCGGACAUAGGGUUGGCACACCUUGCUUGUAACUGCCCAAAAAUGACUGAACUUGAUCUCUACCGCUGCGUACAAAUUGGAGAUGACGGGCUAGCAGCACUCACAAUUGGAUGCAAAAAGUUGACAAAGCUCAACUUGUCAUAUUGCAAAAGAAUUACAGACAGGGGGAUGGAGUAUAUCAGCCAUCUUGGAGAACUAUCUGAUCUUGAGUUGCGUGGCCUUUCAAACAUUACAAGCAUUGGUAUAAAAGCAGUUGCAGUAAGUUGCAACAGAUUGGCCGAUUUAGAUUUGAAACAUUGUGAGAAAAUUGAUGAUUCAGGUUUCUGGGCCCUUGCAUUUUACUCACAAAACCUGCGGCAGGAAAGCAUUUGUUCAUUGGAUUGAAGUUUCUGGCACAUCCUGCUACAAAUCAAUCUCUUACUCAAAGCAAAUAAAGAGAGAAAGGGAAAACAUCUGUCAAAAGAAUAAAUCAUAUUUGCGUACCAAUUGAGUGGAUACCAACUAUAUAUCGUUUUGUACAUUAUAUAAGUUUGAGGCACACGAUUAAUUUAUUUUUCUAUUUGGCUGUGUUUCUCAUAUUAUCAUAUUGCAACUGUUAAUCUUGCAUUUGAAAAGAAGGUGGUGUUUCUUACUGGCAUCAACAAUCAUUUAUUUCCUUUCACAUUUGUAGUCUGAUAUUUGUUCUUAAUUAAUUAAACCUGGAAAACUUGCUAUGCUGUUAACAAGCAGUUUUUGCUACCCAUCUUAGAAAGUUUCUAUUUAUAUUUUGUAGGAGUGCAUUUGUUAAUUGUUCUUCGAAUUGGUUAAACAUUGAUGUCUAUUUACAUGAAGACAACUUAUAAUGAUGGAAUAACUGUUAUGUUAGGAUUAGGGGUUCUAAGUUCUAACUCAACAUAGCGGCAAUGAUGACAGAUAAAUAUGAGCUACUGUCUCGUGUCAGAUGUGGUGUUGUGCCUGCUUAUGGGUAACCUUAAACGGCUCCAGGACGCGAAGCUUGUGUGUCUUUCUAAAGUCACUGUCAAAGGAUUGGAACUUGCCCUUAGAGCUUGCUGUGGUCGGAUUAAAAAGGUUAAACUGCAAAUGUCUCUCAGGUCUUUGCUUUCCACAGAAAUACUAGAGACGAUGCAUGCGCGAGGGUGCAAGAUCAGAUGGGAUUAGCUAUACACUAUGCAAGUCACCAAGAGAAUGAGUUAUACUUCGUUUUCUUGAAAGCAAUGCGGCUUCAUUACUAAUUUAGGAAAUUCUCCAUUCAAAAUUUCAAUUUUCUCUGGCAUUUUCUUUUCCUUAACUACUACUCUUACCCUAGCAAGAUGCAUACAAGUUCAAUUUGGUGACAUUGAUAGAUUUCUAUAGAAGGUAUUUGAUUUACCUUCUAAAGGUAUUUUCUCCAAUAAAGCAUGUGAGGUUACUUCUCUUCG